CGAGAAAAAAAAACAAUCACUUCACUUUCAAGGUUCAGCCUUUAGCCGGACUCAACUUAGGCAGUGGCGCACACAAUACGAGUACAGUUGUGCCGGUAAAAGGCUCUGCAUUUGGGAUUUCUCGCUCCGCCGUCGAAAUCCGACGGCUCAUUGCUUGUUGCUGUUGUUGUUCUUCGAGUGGAUUCGUUUUCGCCCGAUUUCUCGGAAGGGCUCGAAGAUGGGCGAUGAGAAGACGGCAAUCGUGAUGGCGAAUCGAGAGAGAGAUCGGGAGCUUCUAAUACCGGUGUCCGAUUCCGGCGAAAAAGACGACGGCGCAUCCCAGAAGCCGUCUUCUUCUUCCUCUUCAUCCUCUUCAUCGCAUCAAGCCGGUCACGAGACUGUGUGCAAGUUCAUUAGGGGCUGGGCAUCAAAGAAGUUCAUGACUGGCUGCGUUAUCCUACUUCCCAUGGCGAUAACUUUCUACAUAACUUGGUGGUUUAUUCACUUUGUUGAUGGCUUUUUCUCUCCAAUAUUUGCACAACUUGGAAUUGACAUUUUCGGUUUCGGUUUCAUGACUUCCAUUACAUUCAUCUUCUUGGUCGGGGUAUUCAUGUCUUCGUGGCUGGGAGCAUCAGUUCUGAACCUGGGAGAGUGGUUCAUCAAGCGGAUGCCAUUUGUUCGUCACAUCUACAAUGCCUCCAAGCAAAUCAGUGCUGCCAUAUCACCUGAUCAAAACACUCAGGCCUUCAAGGAAGUCGCGAUCAUCAGACAUCCCCGUAUUGGAGAAUAUGCAUUCGGGUUCAUCACAUCGACCGUUGUUCUCCAGAAUUACUCGGGGGAAGAGGAACUUUGCUGUGUAUAUGUGCCCACAAACCAUCUCUACAUUGGGGAUAUAUUCCUGGUCAACACAAAGGAUGUCAUCAGACCAAAUCUCUCUGUCCGAGAGGGAAUAGAGAUCAUUGUAUCGGGUGGAAUGUCGAUGCCGCAGAUAUUAACGACAGUGGAUAAACACAUGACGGCAGAGAGAACCCGAAGCUUAUAGAUUCGGCCGAGCCGAGAGAGACGGGGAGAGUUCAGAGCUCCGGACAAAGUCUCUUGAGAUGAGAGUGUCUGAGUGUGUGAGAAUGGUACAUUGUAACAUUCAGUUUGUAUCUUAGCUUUUUGUAUAAUGUAGCUCCUUCUUGCCUGUGUGCUUUAGAUAUUUGAUUGUUUCACCUGAAAACAAAUUUUUUUUUUAAUCUUUUAAAUUCUCCUGAUUUUCCCAA